UUAAACUGACAGAUUUCUGUAAUUGUUUAUUGUUGGAAAGUGCAUCGCUUUGAUAUAUAUUUUCUAAAUAAUAUUUUCCGGGGACAUAUUAUUGCAAUGGAUAAGGCAGAAACAUUAGAUGCUACAAAUAGCUUAGCUGAUAAGAUUGGCACUAAAAACGCCAGCACUAAUUCUCUUGAUACAGCUGAUUCAAAGUCCAGUUCAAUUGGUUCGAAGCAGGGUGUCGACGUAGGUGCAACACGCGACACGCCCUUUGUUUAUCUUGAUGGCGAGGAAGAUCAGGAUCAAAAAAAUGAUGUUACAUAUGUUUGCCCAUUUAGGGGACCAGCUUUUGGUGCUUUAACCAUAACCAAUUAUCGCCUAUAUUUUCGUUCAUUACCAUUACGGGAUCAUGAUCCACCUGUUGUUGUCGACGUACCAUUGGGUGUAAUAGCAAGAGUGGAGAAAAUUGGUGGUGCAACAUCGCGCGGUGAGAAUUCUUAUGGAAUUGAAAUAUUCUGCAAGGAUAUGCGUAAUUUACGUUUCGCACAUAAACAACAAAAUCACUCUCGACGAACUGUUUUUGAAAAGUUACAAUCCUAUGCUUUUCCACUUUCGUUCAGUGGUAGGCUAUUUGCAUUUGCACAUGCUUCAGCUUCUGGACCAUCGCCACCACCAGCGGAAAAUGGUUGGGCAGUAUACGAACCGCUAGCAGAAUUACGCCGUUUGGGUGUACCAAAUGAUAUGUGGCGUAUAACUAAAUUGAAUGAAGCCUACAGUGUUUGCGAUAGUUAUCCAGUAGUUUGGGCUGUACCUAAGGCUGCGUCUGAUGAAUUUUUGCGGCGCGUAGCACAAUUUCGUUCGCGUUGCCGUUUACCGGUACUAUCUUGGAUACACCCACGUUCGCAAGCUACUAUAACGAGAUGUUCACAGCCUUUGGUCGGUGUGGGUGGCAAACGUAGUGCAGAUGAUGAACUCUAUCUUAGUUAUAUUAUGGAAGCGAACGUGCAAUCAGAUAAAUUGGCUAUCAUAGAUGCACGCCCUAGUGCCAAUGCUAUAGCUAAUAAAGCCAAGGGAGGUGGCUAUGAGUCGGAGGAAGCGUAUAAGAAUGUGGAAAUCCAUUUUCUCGAUAUACACAACAUACAUGUGAUGCGUGAAAGUUUACGUAAAGUAAAGGAGGCUUGCUAUCCAACAAUAGAUGAUUCUAAAUGGCUUUCAGCCAUUGAUGGCACAUUGUGGUUGAAGCAUAUUAAAUGCAUAUUGGCAGGUGCUGUGAGAAUUGUAGAUAAAGUUGAGACAAUGAGUACAUCGGUAGUCGUACACUGUUCGGAUGGCUGGGAUAGAACCGCACAGUUAACUGCAUUAUCUAUGCUAUUGUUGGAUCCAUAUUACCGCACCUUGCGUGGCUUUGAGGUACUGAUUGAGAAAGAGUGGCUUUCGUUUGGCCACAAAUUUCAACAACGUAUAGGACACGGUGAUAACCGCCAUUCAGAUGCGGAUCGUUCACCAGUUUUCUUGCAAUUCAUCGAUUGCGUUUGGCAAGUCAGUCAACAAUUUCCGAACGCCUUCGAAUUCAAUGAACACUUUCUAAUAACGAUCAUAGAUCAUUUGUAUUCAUGCCGCUUUGGCACUUUCUUAUACAACACGGAAGCCGAGCGUGUUGCAGAAGAUCUUAAACACAAGACUGUUUCGCUUUGGACAUACAUUAACGGCUCGCUAAAUCAGUAUUUAAAUCCGCUAGCCUUUUCGCAUGGCGCUCAAACCGUACUGCGUCCAAUUGCGAGUAUGCGAUAUGUAAAAUUAUGGAAAGGUCUUUAUUGCCGUUGGAAUCCCAGCAUACGACCACAAAAUCGUAUAUACCAUCGUACACGUGAAUUGCUCGCACUGCAAGAUCAACUCAUUAAGCAAGUGAGUGACUUACGUAUGAAGACUAGUUCACGUCAAACGGCACAAACAUCGACGCGGUUGGCUUCACCUAUGCAUUGAAGCUACAUAAGCAGAAAAUAUAAUUCUAUCAACUAUAACUAUAAAAAUAUUUAUAUUCGCCCCUAUUCCCGUUGUCGUUAUCAUUUUAAAACGACGUAAGAACGCCUAUUUGGUAUUCCUGUUGGCGUUAUCGACACUUAUCGAAAAUAAAUUGAGAUUCCCAAUUUGAAACGAGUAUAGAAACGACAUAGAAACAGUCGUUCUUUGUUGUUGCUAUAAUUGAGAGCGACAUAGAAACGACGCGAUAGUUUGAAGAAAUAUUUGAAGUGAAGAUGAAAAUUCGAAAUCGGAAACAGUUUGAAAUUUUAAUUUCGGAAAUGAAAAAAUAUCCUGCAUAUGCCAAGGAGUUUAGAAAAGAGAUAAAUCCUUUAAAUUUCGAUUUCUUGGGAGGGAUAUUUAAAAAAAAAAAACUAAAUCCAUUCGCACCGCCAGCUCGCGUCGGAGGUGGUUGGCAUUAAUAAUAUUGGAUUUUAAGAAAGAAAUUUUAAAACGACAAUGACAACGGGAAUUGGGCUGAAUAUAACAAUGUAAUAAUUCCAUACAUUUUUUACACAAUUGCUUACACAUGUACGUAUAUAUUGUAUUACAUAUGUAUAUGAAAUUUGAAUAUGAUAAGUGCGCUUUGUCGCCUCUUCUAAUUUGUAUAAUAUUAAAGCUUUAAUUUAUGUGAAACCUUAAUAAAUUAACAAACAUUAUAAA